AUGUCUGGAUUAAAGCAACGACGUGUUGUUGAAGGUAUACAUGGCUCGGAUCAUGUGAGUUUUGGCGUUUUUGAGCGUUUUAUUACCUAAAAUUUAUAAAAAUUUUAUAUUUCGAAAGUUUUGUUACCUAAAAUUCAAAAGAAUUCAUUUUCAAAACAUUUUGUCACAUAAACUAAAAAAAAUUCAUUGUUAAAAAAUUUUGUUACCUAGAAUCUUAAAAAAUUCCAAUUUUUACAAAGAAUACCAAUUCCAGUCCAACAAAGCCUUAUCAUCGAUGAUUUCAUCGAUAAGUUCCAUUAACAAUGCUGAUCUACCUCAAGGUGAAAAUGAACAACAUAUUGAAGACAUCAAAUCGACCGAAAAAACAGUGGAAGCGACUAAAAACGUCACAGAAGGAUUAUCUUUGACUGUGCCAGAAGAACCCAAACCCCCAAUUGGGUACUUUGCAGCGUUUAAGGAAAUGUUCACCACGGAUUUUGUUGGGAUUUGCAAAAAAGGCGAAUAA